AUGAAUCUGCGAAGUUCCACCGGUCGACCGCCCUUGCGCAUGCCGGAUCCAGUCUCAGAGGGACUGGGCUACGACUGGGUUGCAGGACUUGUUGAUAACAAUUUCGCCGUGCAGAAUUCCUCACUCUCGCUUUCUAGGAAACCUGAAUGGCCAUUCCCUCGAGACCGCACACAUAUGGCUUGUAAAGCCCAGCACCUUCAGACUACCUCUGGGAUUUUAGCGUGCGUUUCUUUCUUUCGUAUACUUCUGAUUUUCUCGCGGCCGCGCUGUUGAGUUAAACGUCCGAUUUUAUGCGAAUUUUCUUGUUUAAGGUUCCCGCCUCUUGAGAAGUCGUACGAGUUUCUCGACUAGUUACUACUAGAAUACUAAAUAGAGCAUUUUCAGGGACAGUUUUCCUGCUGAACAUUCGUUUGGAAGCCUAGGGCGAACGUGUUUUUAUUUUCUAAACUAUUUUCAAUUGCAUAUUCAGAAAAGUCCCUCCUCAUUACAAACAUAAGUUAUUCACGGGUUGCUGCCCAUCGCGACGCGUUAGCCGGAAAUAUAGUAAUCUGUAUGAGUUAAACCUGACGACUACAAGGUUUGUUUUAAAAAAUCCUGCAUUUAACUGUUGCCACUUUAGCAGUACGGACAGAACAUGACGCUCGACUUUGUCAUGCAGAAAAAUUGGGGCUCCAUUUUCAGUGUCAUCCAGCAACCUGUUAGCUAUAGAAAACACUUUUACGCCUUCCGUCCCUUACGUAAGUGAAUGUUAAAUAAUUCCCUUAGCAGGUAAAACUGCCACCAGGAUAACAAAGCGAAUUAUACUACACUUUUGAUUUAUAUAGACGCAGCUUUAAAUUUUCCGAACAGGUUCUUAGGGAAAUAAGUUAUGAUUUAAAGGUCAAUUGGCAAACAUAUGUUUUCGGUACUUUAUCACCAGGCCGCUAUCAUUACAUGGAGAAUGAACCUUUGAGCUACGAAAAAGGUUUAUAUGUUUCGGGAGGAAUGAUUGAUCACAAGUCGUUUCUACGCCGCCAACAUGAAGGAAUCAGCGUGCUAAGGACUUUGGAGCUGGGUGAUAGGAAGAGGGAAGGGGUAGGGUAUUAGGGCUAUCUGUAUCUCAGACACGAGAUUGUUCUGAGGCCAGCGAGUCUUUUCCUUCGGUAAGAAUGAAUGCAGUUAGCGUUAUCUGAUCGGUAACUCCAUGUUGGACCCUUUUGUAUUUUGCAUGUAGCUCCAUUAAUAGGUCACAUACCAGGACAGCUCACCGACUCCGCCUAAAACGUGUCCAGAUAUUGCACAAGUAAUCGAUUAUUUUGAUCACGAAAUAUUUUUGCCUAUUGUCUUGGGCUCUGGGGGUGGCCGAAGAUUGGCUCAAGGACGUACUUUAUUCUCAGUCUCCAUCAUUGGUAGCUCAUUCGUCAUAAUUGAUGAUGACCCUUUGCACCUAAUUCUAGUUUGCGUGACGAGUGAAUAGCUUUGUUUGGGAGUUUUAGUCAACGUGGUGUUCUACGGAUUUUUAGUUGGUACAUCCAAUGAUCUAUCCGGUAUGUUCUUUACUCCCACUCCGUGGGAUCCGAGCCGAGUGUGUGGACACGCCUAGGGGCGGCUCCGGCCGCGCCGGCCGCCUGCGCUCUCUCCAACCUCUGGUCUUUUUGACUCUUUCUUGACAUCAGAUACAGGCGGGGGGAGGAGAUUGCGGUAGAUGCUGCGCAAGUCCACUAUCACCAUAAACUAAUUCACGCACAAGUCACGGUCCCUACUCUCACCCUGCCGUUGAGCACACGGUGGACGUCGUCGAAGUCGGUGGCCGAACUGUCAUGUCAAGCACGUGGUGUUUGUGACUGUUCUCGGGGGGCUGCGGUGACGUGCGGUCAUCACCUGGAGUCGGCCAGGGAUAACAGACUGCUUGUAUCAACGUCUUUUGACAACAGUACGCUGGAUUCGCUAACUGGACAGCCGCUGCUUCGGCUGUUGCUAGCUCCCGUUUGCAGAGGCCCUUUAAGUAGUAUGCUAGCGCCCGGCGGAUAACUUGAAAGGCUUCUUUGGCGUCGUCUCGGCUGUCUGUAUAGACUAGAUGUGCGAGAAUUGUAGUGACCUAAGGACUUAUCGAAAACAUAUGUUUGCCAGUUACCUUUCAAUCAUAACAUGGGGAUUUUCGCAGAAAAUAGGUAAUGGUUCGUUCGUCGUACCAGUAUGUGGUGCUGGCUUAUGCUUAAACUUUUCUUUAUUGAGUACUUAUGCAUACCCGUUUCACUUUCGCCACUGGCAUCAUAUUCGCAUAGCAGGACCGCUUCAAGGCCACUGGGGAAUUAGUAGGACUCGGGGAUUAACGAGGCGCAUGUCGCAUGCGUGCCAAAACCAUCUAUGUUAGAUUUGAUAUAUUGACUGUUCAGAAAUCCAUGCAUUGUAUUUUACCAUCUUCGCCUUUCUCCACAAACCAAGCAAACUUAAGCCAAACAGGUCGAGUUACACGAAACCGUUAAAAAGGCAUUAAACGCCCUUAUCACACAUUACUAUGGAAUACAGUCUGUCUGUCGAUUAUCAACAAAACCAAGUAGAAUUACUAUCUCGCGAGACGAAAUGACUGAAUUGAGUGUGAUUUGCGCUCUCGGGAGACAACAGGGUAUGAUUGUCUAGCGCACCCACCGCGUUCGUUGUUCUUACAUAUACGUUUAAGCGAAGAAGAAGAGUCGAGCACCGGAACACUUCGUUUAUUGUCCUGAGCUUUCAGACUAGUACAGGAGUCCAUCGUCAGAGGUAGUGGCAGAAACAGGACAAGCGGCAGUUAUAAGGCACGUAGGCCCAAUCCAGCAUGUUGGGCGUUACAGCUCACUGAGCAUGAACGGACUGUCCGUCGACAAGGCUAUAGUCUCUACUUCCUCCCCGUCAGUACGCGAACCGCAGUCAUCCAAACCAUUCUACUACUGACUGACUGUUGUGACUAAAUUUCCGACCUUUUGGAGAGUUUUUACGUACUUAAAAUAACUUUCCAACAUAAUAUGUGUGUGGCAAGUUUUCACCGGGCAAUACCUAGCCAUAUCAUAUAAGUCGACUUAAACCAUCGUCAAACGGUGAACCCUCACUUAUUCUACAUGUUGUAAAGGAAAGACAUGCUAUCAUCGAUACCACGUCGUUUGCAACUCCGAGGUGUAUUUUGUAGUUGUUCCAGUUCCCGCAUUGCAUUUUUCUGCCACAUAUAUCUCUUUCGCGUCAAUUUUCGGCACAGUACUUUUUUUCCAGGAGCAGGAGCCGUUUUAUCCUCCGCUGUGACAAACGUUGGUGUUAAUUCCGCAAUCCUUUGCUUGCUGGAAUUAGUUCCUUAAGGUGCUUAUCUGAUUUUUAGGGCGAGGCAUCCAUUCCUCGGCGUCCGGAACGUUUCAGAUGGCCAUACUGCCGUAUCGAACCUUCGGCGAGAAUCGCUUGAAUCUCCUUGUGAAAAAGUGGCGGUGUACAACUAUACUCUGAAUUCCCGACUAUUCCCCAUUCCAGCAGAUUUCUUAACCGCCUCAAUGGGUAGCCCAAGUCCAAACACCUGCCGUAUUCUUAAGUAGGUCCUCGUGGAAACCGUGCACCUAUUAUGGAUAGCCGAACAAUUAACCUGUAUAUCAUGAUUCCGGUUUUGACUCUCCACCCACUUCCGAAGGAUCGGUGUUCUGCCCAUAACGUGCAUAUUUACGCCAUUAAUGUUUCCAUUCUCAGUAACAGUUUUUUCAGGUGAAAACCUGCUCAAGAAUCUUUAAAAACAUCAAGGGGCCUUUAAAACUACGUGAGCUCACUAAUUACUGGGAUGUAAACUAAGUAGUAAAGGCAACGCUUCCUUGUGCAACUAGUCUCGUGCAGCUUUGUCACAAAGCAAACGACUGCGAGCGUGUAGGUUUUUGUCAUCAGCUGUGUCAUAUGAGGUCCCAACGUAAUCUUACUUGUAGGUCAGUUGAGACAGAAUCGUCUUCGGCAGUUCAACUAUGUCUGUCUGCAUAGGCUUCUUGGUUAAGAGCUCUCCGAAAUCUACCUAAACGGGCUUUCUAAUGCCUUCUGUCAGCCGUCCAUCUGCAAGGUGCUUUUGUGAAAGCCUUAGACGAAGGAACGGGAGAGGUCUCAACGUCACAACUUCCUGAAAAGUCUUUUGCAAUUCGCAUCUGACACCCACUUGUAUGUCACGAGUUGUUAUGCAGCGCGGUAGACGAACAGAAAUGGCGAAGGGAAGAAUGCUGCGUCAUUCACUGUGCUUUUAUGAGUUUCUCCAAUCUUUCCAAGGUGUUGUACUAAAAAUCAGCAACAUCUUUCCAGAUGGCGCGUAUUCAUGGGCCGACCUCUGAGCAAGAACACGUGCAUUGUGUAGCGGACCUAUAUAAUUAAGACGGUAAAAUUCCCCAAUUUAGCACAUGAAUGCCCAAAUAGAACGACCCAAAAGGACUCUCCCAAGAGAACGAACGUAAGUGCUGUUGGAAGUCAAGAUUAUGAACGUAAGAAGUUCGCUGAAAAUGGGAGGAAUCCGAGUAGUCACUUGCGGUUGAGAAAGUCGGUGUCCUAAGGCGGAGAAGGAUUGGUCGGGGAACUGUAACUGGCGUCCACGUAGGCUUCACGAAGGACAGUUAAAGGCGCAACUUACCGCGUCCGAAAACGAUAAUGCCGUGUCUGGUUCAUGUUGGCGUUGUUACCUAGUACACCAGUCGAUCCGUUGAUAGGUCGUUGACUGUCAUCACCGUGAUAUCGCUUGGGUGCUCGCAUUGGUCAAAGGACAAUAAUCGCAUACAGAAGUUAGGGCGAUAUGGGCCAGAAACUGAGGCCGCCGGUUAUCUGGGUGCUGACAGGCUAUGGGACGAAGGGAAUCUGCCACGACAGCAAAAAAUCUGCCAUUGUUAGGGUCGAAGUCCGUCAAUUUCAAAUUGCCAUUCUGUGAACGUAUAUGUUACUGAUAACAUGUUAGUAACACAACUACGCGGACUUUAAUACAACGUGUGCCGUUUACAAUAGGGUGUUCAGAUCGCUGUCUUUCACCCUCAAAGAUACUGAGUUACUGGAUAACGAUCAGGUUAAGAACGUCUCAAGAUAACAGUUCCCUGAAGGGCCUUCUGCAAAUUCUACCACAUUCUUCAGUUAAGUGCAGCUAGUUGCUAUGUCCUGCGAAGAGCAUGCAUAGAUGUUAGAAAGCAGCUGCGACGCGACAAUCACUACAUGUGCACGAGCUUUUCAGACUUAUCCAUAGCAUUACUCAGCCAGCGCACUAUGAUUUUUUUAUCACAAGUUGCGGACGCCGGAAGCACGCAUGCCCGCAUAUAGCAUGCUCGAGACUGAGUUACACGUGAGCUUCGAUCGACAAGCAUCUCACGUCGAGCUCCGGACGAACUUGAUAAGUUUUCGUAUAGGGUCUUAGGGAUGAGACUGAGGGAAGACUAACUGGAUGCUACUUCUCAGUUUUAAACGCGGGAAAAUUUCGGAUUUUUCUUUUCGGCUACUUUUUCUAACAGUCAUUGGUAGACCGAAACUGACCUCCUUGCCCUUUCAAAAAUUAGUCUUUAUUGCUGUUUAAGAACAAAAUUAGAUCCUCGACACCUUACAGCCCCAGUCGUUUAAUUGUUUGCUGUUACUCUGACUUGCCAUUUGUUUCUCUUCUCUUUCUACCUUCGAUCUGGUACGCUUUUCACAUGUAGGGUUAGCAUCCCCCUGCAUCGUCUCCGGCGUCCCAACUUCCUCCCCCAAUGUGACAUCGGCCCUGACAGCAGUGCGCAAAACGCGUCGACUACUGGUUCUGGGCGUAGUUUCGCUUGCCAAAGUCGCGAAACAGAACAGAAACCCGGCACAGCCUCUCUGUUGGCGCAUUGUUGGCCCAACAAAUCUGCGCGCCCUCGGACGAAAUCGGCUUACGAGAUCCCCAGAUCGCCAACCACUUCUGCUCCACAUUCUUCUAUUAGCCUAAGAUCGGCCGUGAGAGACAGUGACUGCUCUACAGACUCUGCACCUUCUCUGCCCUCAUGGAUGCGCCUUCAACCCCAAAGCGAGUCAGAAAUUCUGGGACAGCUGAUUCGAUCCAGCCAAGGUAUGUACGCUUCGCGCCUCAAUAGCAAUUUUGUGAAUGUAAUGAUCUUCGUUGUGCGCGUGACACAACACACUGAUCAGAGUGGACACACGACUCUCUCGUUUCCUAACUGACAGCGAUAAUUAUUUCAAAUUUAGACCCUCCCCGCCACAAUUCUGGGUGCAUUUGACUCUGUGGUUGGCGUCUCAGACUGGUCGGGCGACUGCAGCGCAGUCGCCUUGCUUCCGUCUCCGCAGCUUCCUGGCAAUUUGUGGGUUUUUAGGACUACUGUCGGGAGUCGCUGGAGCACUUUCUGUACAAAGACAACUUACCUUAAAGCUUCGACCUCCGAUUUAAGAGAUUUCCUUUGUUCUAACCUACUAAGUCUUUGUUUUCAAGCCCGACCUCUGUGCAAAACUGUCCGUUUGGUCGACAUACUUGCCUGUAAAGCUUGCCUCUUAUACUCCAUACUAAAGUGGUACAACGCACGAUAGUAUCGAAAUUUCGUCACUUUAUUCGGACUCUUUUUACUUAUGUUUGAUAGGGACAGUUACCAUUCAAGUUCGGUUUGUUUUUAUCGUAUUUAAUUGUAACUUUUCAGUCACAAAGGUUCCUCUGCCGAGUGAAAUUUCUCCAGAGAAUUCAAUUUGAGUGUUAAUCAACUGCUCAUAUGUAGUAGUUCUAGUACUGGUUGCACUUUAAGCUCCACAAUCAUCUAAGCAGGCUUCGGUUAGCAAGGCGGACGACAUUAGAAGGAGGUACUGAUUGUACACGGAACCCGGAACUGCUGCCCCAUACGAUAAUGAUCACUGGUGAGACCAGAGUUUGUGCCGGGGGACGUUGUAAUGCUCAGGUGCGUGUCCGCGGUGACGGUUGCUUUUAUAAGUUUGUGGAAACAAGUUUAAGCAUUUUUGUUCAAGUGGUCUGUUGAAUUAGCCAAUGGGUGGGCAUGAGCGGUUGUGACUUUCCGAAUGCGCGUGCGUGCGCAUGUUACAGUCGGUCAGACUAGUAACUCUACACUUCUCGAAUAGCUUCCAGGGAAUUUGAAUGACCUCUACCCCACGAGCCAUUAAACAAAGACGUCGUGAAUCGUAAUCAUCACGGUCGGUCUCGCAUACCUGUGGCCUUUCGCAGGCGCCACACCUCUUUGAGAAGCUGCUUCUUUCACCUACUGGUGCUUUUCUCUCUUUCCAGAGCGUCCAAAGUAGCAAAUACUGCCACACAUCGUGUCAUCGUGCCUCAACCUCUCGUUUUUUUAUCAUGCUCCUUUCAUUCAUCCUUGAUAUCCCUCUGUACAAAUGGUAUGCUGAGACACCUCUAGUCUUCUCGUUUAAUUAUUACUGGAGUCACUUUGUAAUACCACAUAAGUAGUGUUGACGCGCGUUGUAACGUACUUUACAAAUAACUUUAUUCAUUAACAGGUGAAACUGUCUCCUCUUAACUAACCGGGAACCAAAUACCUUUGUGGCCGACGAAAUGCGACUCUCCAAACCAACUUAUUCACAGCGACCUAUUUCGUCUCGCGUCUGUUUAAUCUGGUCUUACUACUGAUACGUGUCAAGAGAGGAGCGAGAUCGAGGUCAAGCCUGUACGCCAUCUGGUCACCGCAAAUCUGGCGUUCCCUUGAGUUAGCACGCCAUCCGAAACGUCAUGGCUCGGAAGACUGUCAACUAACAGUAUAACUCUGUCCUCCGAAUUACGAUUCGAGUUACAAUGGCUUUCUUUCUUAAUGAGGCGAUAUCUGCGUGAAUGCAGAGUGGUUUCGUGCAGAGUUUGGAAUCCUCACGCGUGUGACGCUUGUAAAUGUGGCUUUAAUGUCGUCAACCACUGUCCCCAUGCCCAUCUAUACUCUUUACUUUAUCAUGCCACUGGAGCACGAUGACUGUGAAGCUGUGGGGUCAAUUAUGUUUGACAAAAGUCAUUUUUGCUGUCAGGAAUUCGCACCUAAGCCACCACUGAACCCUCGAUACAACGGUGGGCUUUGUCGCCUGCAACUGUUUCCAACUGGGUUUUGCAUUUUCACUUGUAACGAUCGAAUUAUCGCUGACCAGUGGGUUUGAAGGUGGAUGUGUUUAUCCGUUCCUUCAGCAUUACUCUAGAGUCUCGGGGCUGUGUUGCAUGACGGCUGAAGCCAUAUUGGAUCGCCGAUGCAAAUACAUGUAGUGGGUGAUUCAUGUCGUUCUACCCCUCGUAGUUGUUAUCUUUUUGGGCAGCUGAUUUUCCAUAUCGUUGGCCAUCCAUAUCGUUGGCCCCCGCAGAUCCGCGAUUGCUUAUGCGUCAGGUCUGAGAGCAGGCUUAUUUCGCAGUCAUCCUUCGCCAAAUCCUGUCCCUCUAUCCACCACUCAUGGACGGGCCGGAUAACUCACAGCCAGGCUUACAAGCAGACCACUUCUUUCCCGGAAUUCUAUCGUGCAGUUGUGAUUACUUUUAAAUCUCCCCCCCCCUCUUUUUCGUCUGGUUUUUGCAGUCAUGCGGAAUCGUGAAGUUGUGGAGGGCACGCAUCGCUUCCCUUCGCGCCUCCGCCCCAUUCGUCGUCCCAGCCAACGAACCCCGUGCACCUUAGAUCCUAACUACGAGGCGCAUUACUCCGAUCGAUCGAAAGGAAGCCGGCUAUGA